CAACUUCCAAGGCUCUUUUCCAAAACACCAUAAGCAGUUAAUGCACUUUAUAAAGGACUCCUGACCUUUUGCAUCUUCCUAAGUCAUACCUAGAUGUCACCAGUGUUUCCCAUGUUAACAGUUCUGAGCAUGUUUUACUAUAUGUGCCUUCGGCGCCGAGCUAGGACAGCAACAAGAGGAGAAAUGAACAGCCGGAGGGCUAUUGAAUCAAACACCCGAGCCUUACCUAUCAAUGUUGAAAUAGUUCAGUAUGCCAAAGAAGUGUUGGAUUUCAGCUCUCACUAUGGUAGUGAAAACAGCAUGUCUUAUACCAUGUGGAAUCUAGCAGGUAUUCCAAACGUGUAUCCUAGUUCUGGUGACUUUACUCAGACUGCCGUCUUUCGAACUUAUGGGACCUGGUGGGAUCGUUGCCCUAGCGCUCGGCUGCCAUUCAAGAGGACGCCACCCACCUUCUGUAGCCAGGACUACGUGGAACUCGCUUUUGAAGAACCAGUUUAUCCCACUGCAGUGCACAUUCUGGAAACGUAUCAUCCUGGAGCUGUAGUCAGGAUUUUGGCAUGCUCUGCAAAUCCUUACUCACAAAAUCCACCAGCUGAAGUAAGAUGGGAAGUCCUUUGGUCCGAGGCACCUACAAAGGUGAAUGGUCCCCAGGCUCGGCAAUUCACACCUUGUAUCAAACAGAUAAAUUUUCCCACAAACUUGAUUCGACUGGAAGUGAACAGCUCUCUUCUGGACUAUUACACUGAAUUGGAUGCAGUAGUGCUACAUGGUGUGAAAGAGAGACCUGUGCUUUCACUUAAGACUUCGAUGAUUGAUAUGAACGAUAUUGAUGAAGAUGAGGAGGAAGAGAAGUAUGGCUGUGGAAUGGACACACUUAAUAAACAGUUCAGCAUUGUUACCCUCAGGGAAUGGCCGACUAACGGAUAUUUUGAUAAACUGCCUUACGAGCUCAUCCAGUUGAUUUUGAGUCACCUUACAGUACCAGACCUGUGUAGACUAGCACAAACUUGUAAGCUCCUAUAUCAACAUUGCUGUGAUCCUCUACAGUACAUUCAUCUCAGUUUACAACCUUACUGGGCAAGGAUUAAUGACACAUCUCUGGAAUACCUACAGUCUCGCUGCACUCUCAUCCAGUGGCUGAAUUUGUCUUGGACUGGAAACAGGGGAGCCAUCUCUGUUUCUGGAUUUAGCAGGUUCUUGAAAAUUUGUGGCUCUGAACUAGUACGUCUUGAGUUGUCUUGUGGCCAUUUCCUCAAUGAAACAUGCUUGGAGGUCAUUACUGAAAUGUGUCCAAAUCUUCAGGAAUUAAAUCUCUCAUCAUGUGAUAAAAUACCACCUCAGGCUUUCAACCAUAUAGCCAAAGUGGGCAGCCUAAAGCGUCUCAUUCUCUACCGAACAAAAGUGGAGCAAACAGCCCUGCUCAGUAUUCUGAACUUCUGCUCGGAGCUGCAGCACCUCAGCCUGGGCAGCUGUGUCAUGAUUGAAGACUAUGAUCUUAUAGCAAGCAUGAUGGGAGCAAAAUGCAAAAAGCUUCGCAGUCUGGAUUUGUGGAGAUGUAAAAACAUAACUGAAAGUGGAAUAGCAGAAUUGGCUUCAGGCUGCCAGCUUUUGGAAGAACUUGAUCUUGGCUGGUGCCCUACGUUACAGAGCAGUACAGGCUGUUUCACAAACCUUGCACGUAAACUCCCGAACUUGCAAAAGCUCUUUCUUACAGCCAACAGGUCUGUGUGUGACACGGACAUUGAGGAGCUUGCUGCUAACUGUACACAUUUACGGCAGCUGGAUAUAUUGGGGACGAGGAUGGUAAGCCCUGCAUCUUUAAGAAAAUUGCUGGAGUCUUGUAAAGAUCUUUCUUUACUCGAUGUGUCCUUCUGUUCACAGAUUGAUAAUAGAGUUGUCCUAGAACUGAAUGCCAACUUUCCUAAUGUGUUCAUAAAAAAGAGUUUCACCCAGUGA